UCAAGUCAAAUAUUUCUACAUGUGACCUCCAAGUAUUGCUCCUAACAUACAGUUUCUCAAUAAAUAUUUAUUGAAUAAUUUAUUUCUGACACACUAAAAAUGAAGUGAUUUAAAACUGUCCUCUACAUGGCUUCCCUUCAAAUAUUUGAGGACAAUAUCAGUUCUCUAUUGAAGCUUUUUCACCAGCUUAAUAUCUGAAGAUUCUCAAACUUAUAAUUGGUGACUAUGACAUAGAAGGAAGUUCAGGUGUUGUGGGUCUAAUAUCAAAUAUUGUCUAUAAGGCUAGGUGUGGUGGCUCAUGUCUAGAAUCCCAGUGCUUUGGGAAGCCCAGGCAGGAAGAUACCUUGAGGCCAGGAGUUUGAGACCAGUCUGAGUAAUGUAGAAACACUCUAUAUCUAAAAAAAAAAAGAAAAAAAAAAUUAGCCAGAUGAAUACCUGUAGUCCCAGCUACCCUGGAAGCAGAGGUGGGAAAAUCACAUAAUAACCUUAAAUCAGUAAAUGUUUAUGGAAUAACUAUUAUAAAUAACAUUUAAAAUCGUCAUGAUGACUUUGAACACACAUUAUAUAGAGACUGGAUAUAGAGAAGUCAAAGGCCCACACAUCCCUCACCCAAAUCUGGGCUCUCAAAAUAAGCAGGCAAAAGUCUUAAACACAAAGCAUAAUAAGGACACAUUGUUAUGCCAAUUAGAGGCUUUUUUUUUUUUUGCCAAUUAAGAUUAGUUCCAUAUGGCUUGAAACCAAGUGGGAAAUGUUCUUAAACAAAAGGAAUCAAACAGUGAAAACAUGUUAAGCAUUAAAAGCAUUAAGUUACCUGUGCUGACAUCCACAUGUCUCAGCUUAUUGCCCAACAGAAUAUAAUCAAACCCAAGCAUUCCUCUACUUGGCACAAAGGUAAAAUUGGCAUAAAAUAUAAGCAUUAUGAAAGUAUAAUGGGUUAACCAUGGCACGAGUUAUUCUUUUCUUUCAGGCCAAAAUGUGGCUGCUUUUAACAAUGGCAAGUUUGAUAUCUGUACUGGGGACUACACAAGGUUUCUUUGGAAAAUUACAUCCUGGAAGCCCUGAAGUGACUAUGAACAUUAGUCAGAUGAUUACUUAUUGGGGAUACCCAAAUGAAGAAUACGAAGUUGUGACUGAAGAUGGUUAUAUCCUUGAAGUCAACAGAAUUCCUUAUGGGAAGAAAAAUUCAGGGAAUACAGGCCAGAGACCUGUUGUGUUUUUGCAGCAUGGUUUGCUUGCAUCAGCCACAAACUGGAUUUCCAACCUGCCGAACAACAGCCUUGCCUUCAUUCUGGCAGACGCUGGUUAUGAUGUGUGGCUGGGAAACAGCAGAGGAAACACCUGGGCCAGGAGAAACUUGUACUAUUCACCAGAUUCAGUUGAAUUCUGGGCUUUCAGCUUUGAUGAAAUGGCUAAGUAUGACCUUCCAGCCACAAUCGACUUCAUUGUAAAGAAAACUGGACAGAAGCAGCUACACUAUGUUGGCCAUUCCCAGGGCACUACCAUUGGUUUUAUUGCCUUUUCCACCAAUCCCAGCCUGGCUAAAAGAAUCAAAACCUUCUAUGCUCUAGCUCCUGUUGCCACUGUGAAGUAUACAAAAAGCCUUAUAAACAAACUUAGAUUUGUUCCUCAAUUCCUCUUCAAGAUUAUAUUUGGUGACAAAAUAUUCUACCCACACAACUUCUUUGAUCAAUUUCUUGCUACUGAAGUGUGCUCCCGUGAGACACUGAAUCUCCUUUGCAGCAAUGCCUUAUUUAUAAUUUGUGGAUUUGACAGUAAGAACUUUAACACGAGUCGCUUGGAUGUGUAUAUAUCACAUAAUCCAGCAGGAACUUCUGUUCAAAACAUGUUCCAUUGGACCCAGGCUGUUAAGUCUGGGAAAUUCCAAGCUUAUGACUGGGGAAGCCCAGUUCAGAAUAGAAUGCACUAUAAUCAGCCCCAACCUCCCUACUACAAUGUGACAGCCAUGAAUGUACCAAUUGCAGUGUGGAACGGUGGCAAGGACCUGUUGGCUGACCCCCAAGACGUUGGCCUUUUGCUUCCCAAACUCCCCAAUCUUAUUUACCACAAGGAGAUUCCUUUUUACAAUCACUUGGACUUUAUCUGGGCAAUGGACGCCCCUCAAGAAGUUUACAACGACAUUGUUUCUAUGAUAUCAGAAGAUACAAACUAGUUCUGGAUUUAAAGAAUUAUCCAUUUGUUUUUCCAAAAUACUUUAUUCUCUCAUACAUAGUAUUUUCAUAAUGUUUGACAUGCAGUGCUUCUUUCUGUAAUUUUGACUUUAGAAAUA